UCUAGGUAUGCUAUGUCGAGGCUCGCCGUCGUUUGCAAGGCCACCUGGGUAGGCAAUGUUGUCCGAGCCGAGGUCCCCGUGUGUGUUGUGUCUGGGUUCUCGCCUGGGAUCUCGAACAAAUCAGCACACGGAGAUCCGCCUCCAAAUGACCCGUACAGUUCGUACAACUUCGAGGACAAGUUUGUCGAGCAAUCCUCCCCGAUGUGUCCCUUCCGAACCGCCGACAUGAAGACAAAGCCAAGUCUGUGAACCCUCAACAAGGAAUCAAGUGGCUCACUUCGAUCAUCGACAGCCAUGCUCUGGAUGGAGUGGUGAUGCUAAUACGUGACAGAGAUGUUCUCAAGGCGCCAGGUGACUUGCAGUAAAUG